AUCCACUUUCGAACCCUAAAAAUAGUUAGUUAGAGAGAGAGAAUAAUUAAAAGAAAGCGAUGGAAUAAUAAUGGCGACCUUUUUCCCCUUUUGAGCUCGAAGUUGACAUUCAUUCACCCAAUACAGAAUAAUCAACAAGAACAACAAGAACCUUCAAAAUUAAGCUCAAUUCCACGCACCCCCACCGUAACCAGCUAUGUCAUUGCGCAGACGAACCUUGCUCAAGGUCAUUGUUCUCGGCGAUAGCGGGGUUGGAAAAACCUCGUUGAUGAAUCAAUAUGUGCACAACAAGUUUAGUCAACAAUAUAAGGCAACAAUUGGUGCUGAUUUUGUCACUAAAGAACUCCAAAUCGACGACAGACUCGUCACUCUACAAAUAUGGGACACUGCUGGACAAGAGAGAUUCCAAAGUCUUGGAGUUGCAUUUUAUAGAGGGGCGGAUUGCUGUGUUCUUGCAUAUGAUGUGAACGUUAUGAGGUCGUUUGAUUCCCUUGAUAACUGGCAUGAGGAGUUUCUCAAACAGGCAAACCCUUCUGAUGCAAGGACAUUUCCAUUUAUAUUGCUCGGAAACAAGAUUGAUAUUGAUGGUGGGAGUAGUCGAGUGGUUUCUGAGAAGAAAGCGAAGGACUGGUGUGCUUCAAAAGGGAAUAUUCCCUACUUUGAGACAUCUGCAAAAGAAGAUUACAAUGUCGAUGCUGCAUUCUUGUGUAUCGCAAAGACUGCCCUGUCCAACGAGCAUGAACAGGACAUAUACUUUCAAGGGAUUCCCGAGGCGGUUCCAGAGAAUGAGCAGAGGGGUGGUGGAUGUGCAUGCUGAAAUGGAAAUACAGAAAAAUUUCAGACACUCUACCUCAAUGCUGUGUUUCAAAUUCUUCAAAUUCUUUUUGGUCAUAUGGUGUACACUGUAUGCCAUGAUUGUUUGGGUAAAUUGUGUACCCUUGAUGUUCCCAUUUUGAUAGUAGUCUUAUUUUGGGAAGAUGAACUCGAGACUGUUGGAAAAAAUAUUCGGUUUGAUUACCACGAAUUAGAUAGGCUUAAAGUGAGUUUUGUUUCUUUGGUGUUCAAAUUGAGAUGUGACAUGGAAUGCUUAUAUUCUGUUUGAAUGAUACUUAGCAGACAUUAAUUUGUGCAUGAUAUUUCUUAGCA